UAUGAAGCCAUCUCAUAUACAUGCGCUAGUCCGGUGUUCGAGGAUUCUCUCACCUGCAACGGUGUUCCUCGUUGUGUGACCAACAGCCUCUCUCAGGCGCUCCUGUAUUUUCGAAUGCAGGAUGAAGAGCGCUUCCUGUGGGCAGACGCACCGUGCAUUAACCAACUUGAUGACGGGGAAGCAUCAACUCAGGUCCGAGAAAUGCUUACCAUAUAUCGCAAGGCCCGGAAGGUACUUGUAUGA